GCUUCGCAGACUCGUCACUCGGUCGCAAGGUUUCCCUACUCACAGAGCUUCUGGGGCUUGCAGCCCCGCAGCAGGUCCCGGAGAUUACACGAGCGACAAAUAUCAGUCUCCAGUCAGGAGUCCGACUGAGGGCAACAGAAGUUCAUUGUGCAUGCAGCGCAAUCAGUGUUCCGCUCAACAGUGUCGAUGGACUGAAAUAUCUGCACAUCUCCGCUCGAAGACGCGUCCCGCGUUAUGGAUCUGGCCGCGUAGCUUCCGCCAUCGCAGCCUAGUCUCGCUCUCAAGUAGCUGCAACGCACUUCCAUCCACAACUUGCAGGCGCCAUCGAGCAACAUUGAGGUCAGUCUGGUACCAUCACACUGGACAUAAAUUUGGCUGACUACCUACGCAUGUUCCACCACCCACGGCGCUACAACGAGCCGGCUCAAACGCAUUGCGCAGCAUGGGGCAAUCAGCGACCGUCCUCCUGACUGUGUGAUCCGCGAUCUGCCCCACUAUCUGCCCCACCCACGGAGCUUGAUUGGUGGAAACUCGAGAGCGUGGGCCGACACCUUGCGGAAUAGGCUAGAAUCUUUGUGAGGGGAUGGGGAGUAACCCUGACACAUGCCUUCUAUGGGCAGCUUGUGUCGCGCUCGGCACUGCCCCGUCCGCCUGCUCUUCUCAGUUGGGAACCCAGGCCGCCUUCUGUUAACCAUCCUAUGUGUUGGUCACGUCACAACUGAUUGCACACUCUGGACAAACCUAGUGUAACGACCGAAUGGCAGCAACCGACGAAAAGACUCUGGGAGCUCAGGGGAGGAGGAUGGACAAGUGGACGGAGCACAUGGAGAGGGUGGACAACUUUCCGCGGCUCAAUUGCAUCGAUUACGCCCUUCUGACAAACUUCCAGCAGCCGGCAAGCGAUGCCGGGGAGAUCGUUCCGAGGGAGGGGCAGGGAAGUCGACUGGGCCGGUGGGCGGAACGUGGGCAGAGUGCACAGGGGAAAAGAUCCAGAGGUGCGUUUUGGCCGUCAGCCUCACCUCCUGCUGUCCUCCAUCUUGCCAAGUCCUGUUAAGUCAUAGUUCGAGUGAGGGGUGGAGGCGUCGUGGUGAUGGGAUAUGAUGAUAGCACACUUCAUGAGAAUAUGGGUACAAUCGAGAAGAAAAGAAGACGUGUGAGCUCCGGAGCCAAAUGGGGGUGAAAGAGCAAAAUGAUCGAAUGAGGGGCAGCGGGAAUGAAAUGAAUGUCCGAAAGCGGGGGAAAUGCAAGGCAACAGAGAUGAGUGCAGCCAGAACGGAUCAGUGGGGAGACAGAAACGGUGCGGAAAACUGGGACCAAGCUGACCAUCUGCGAGUUAGGUACUGUAUCCAGUCCAAAUUGGGGAAAGGGACUGGCCCGGAACAUCAAUUGAAGAAAUUGCGCGAACUUGAAGGCAGACAGAAUAUGGAACCGGCGCAAGUGUUUGAGGGUAACAGGGUGCAUCAGGGCAUUUUCUGAGCGAAUCUGUCCAACGUUUUCGCAGGAAGUGACGAUCAAGG